AUGGCUGUUCCGUCAUUGGAUGCAUUCAAAGCUUGUUGCGCGGAUGCUCGUAUGCCGCAGGAUCUCAUCGAUUACACGGUCAAUACUGUGGGGGUGCAGUCCAUAGAAGAAGACAUCGAGGAGUAUGAGGGUUCACCUGGUUGGGUAAGCCAGGGUUUUGCACGUUUUGGGUGUCCUUUUUGGGGAAUUGAGCCGCUCGAGGCCUCAACGCAGGAUGGUUUGCUGACAAAAUGGAAGACCCGCUACAACCUCGAGCUUACCGUGCACACGCAACCAUCCGAUGCCCUGCUGGGUAGGUUGUACAGGGAGCUUGUGCGAGCCACCCCCACGCUGCUCCCGGGCACAGAACGCAGGAUCACCUUGUCAGGCCAGAUUUCUUUGCAAGUCGACAAGGACUGCAUGGACGUGCCGGUGAGCAGCAUCUUCCAGUACUACAUGGCCCUCAGAGUGCUGGCAAACGGCCUUAGCAUAGUAGGCAACAUGCAGGUUGACAGUAAACUCAAGCAAGGCUCGCAAUGUACUGCUGCCCCGUUGCAUGUUAACCUGAACUACGCGGAUUUUGCCUUGAGAUCCACUGUUGAUGUUGCCGGUUCCUCGUUGGAAUGGUUGCGUGCGCGCGACGAAGCGACCAGAUCCCGGGCAGUGGAGCUCCAGAGGGAACGCUACCCUCAAGGUGAAGCUUUGCUCACUGCGUGGAAAGAGCAGGAAGUGCAUUGGGUCGUGCCCCCACCGCAGAAGCGUCCUGCCGAAUCACAUCAAGAGGGAAGCCCAACUAAGAUUCCCAGGACUGGAAACAAGCCUUCCUCUGCCUUACGCACUGUCGCAUUCCGUGCUGAUGACGAUGCGGUGGCCGAGGAGGUCCCAUCGGAUGAACAGCACCUUUUGCAGAGCCUCAUGUCCAUACAAGUCGCGACUUACGUGAGCUCUUCUCCGCUACCUCAGCUGCCAUGGCCGCCCCCUCUUUGGCCGGUGUUGCUCAUUAGCCUCUUUGACGGCAUUGGCGGUGCCAUCCUAGCGUGUUUGGCAUUGGGCAUGACGAUAGCGGCAGUAGCCAUGGAGCUGGACGAGGAGGCCAGUCACGUGUGUAAAUCGGCUUUUCGCCACGUCGUGCAUUGGCCGGAUGCCCUGACAUUCCCGGUGGACGCUUUGAGACCGCGAGGCUUGAGUGCAAAAGCGUCGCAACUUUUCAAUAUUGUUUUGGCGGUGCUGGAAAAUGUGGAGUAUGCCUCUGCUGACUUCGUGAAAGCCGCCAGCCAUUUGAUGCACGGCCCGCCGCUGGUGGUGCAGGCAUCGUCCUUUGGAUGGGAGACCAUGACCCAGGACAUGGCCCACACUGCACUACCUGUCUUCACGAGGGCUUUCCCCCAUCCGCUGGAUGAGGGAUCUAGGGCGUCAGAUGCAGCGAUCCAGCGAUUCCGUGAGGACCAGGACCACUGCAUCGGUCUCCAAGCGAUGGAAGGCCAGCCAUCCGAGGACGCAGUCCAGCAUGUCAUGCUAUCGUGUAAGCGUAACGAACAUUCUGAGUUUCUCACCGAAUUUACAAGACGAAAAAUACAGGAUGGCAUAGCUUCGGGACCCUACACAAAGCAGCAAAUGGAUCAGCAUUUCGGCCGUGGGAGGUGGCUGCCGAUGUCAAGAUUCCCGCAUGUCCAAGGCUGCGGAAAAGUGAGGCCAAUCGACAACGGCCACGCGUCAGGCCACAACAGUCUGUCGUGGUCUGACGAAACCAUCUACACAUCUUCGCCGGACCAGGUUGUGGCGGCGGCUAAGGCCUUCGCAGCAAUGCUGAUCCGUGAGAGCGACGAGAUUCCCGAGUGGGCACAGCUUUGCCUGGGCACAGACGACAUGUCUUCUGCCCUCCGCCAGUUGCCCAAUGACCCGGCCGAAGAUGUCAGGUUUGCCAUUCUGCAUGCGCACCCGUUUGGCCUAGCUUCUUCUGUGGUCAACUUCUGUAGGGUACCGGCUCUGCUGUCGGCCAUCGUGCGCCGUUGCAUGGGUACGUGCGCCACCCACUACUUCGAUGAUACAUCUACGCUUGAUACUGUUGCGGCCAUGGGUUCAGGCCAGGAAGCAGUCCAUACCGUUCACAUGCUCAGCGGCAUCAGCUUGGAUGCGGCUAAGCGCCAGCCUAUGGCCACUCAGAGGGUCUUUCUUGGGGUACUCUUGGGGUUCUGCGCUUUUCGGGAUGACCUUAAGGUUUCCUUAGACGUGAAGCCAGGCCUUCGCAAUAGCCUUGGCAGGGAAAUCCAGACAUUGCUGGAUUCAGGAGUAUGUGCGCCGGGUCAGGCGGCCAAACUCAGAGGAAAACUGUCAUGGGCAGCUUCAUCGGUUUUCGGUAGGUGUGCAAGGGGUGGCCAGCAUGCACUUAUCCAAAGACAAUACCAAGAUGCCACAUCAGCGAUUGACCCUGUAUUGCAAAGGGCUCUGGAGUAUCUUCAGACCAUGCUUGCUCUGAUCCAGCCUAGGACGGUGAUGCUGCGACCUGUGUCUACAGCAGUGGUCGUUGCUUACACCGAUGCUAGUUGGGAGCCGCGCGAUAUGACUUCUCCUGGGCUCGGAGCUGUAGUACUGGGUCAGGAAGCUGAAUGCACCCUGGGGUUCGCAGCGUCAGUCGCAGAUGAAAUCCUGCGAGCCUUCCUUCCCAGAGAGACGCAGAUCGCUCCACUCGAAGCUUUGGCAGUGGUCCAGGUCUUCUUGUGCUGCCCCGAGAAGUUCCGCGGUAGAGACGUCAUCCUUUUUGUGGAUAACACUGCCGUUUGCUCCGCAUUGGUGCGUGGAGCCAGUACCGCUGCAGACAUUGCUCACCUUUCAUCUGCAAGCCAUCUCCUGUGGAUCAGGUUGCAAUGCAGAGUGUACGUAGAGUGGGUACCGUCGGACGAUAAUGCCGCAGACGGCUUAAGCCGUGCAGGAGUCCGCGAUCAUUGGUCUGCAAGUCAACCUUGGCGCUCCCAGCAUGUUCCGUGUGUACCGUGGCACACCUUUUCUUCCUGUUGCCUCAGUGAAGUGUCUGAGGCCUUGUUGCGUUGGAGUCAGGUUGCAUUGGGUGCGAGCGUCAUGCCAUAG